GGAAGGGAUUUACUGCUGGAACACUCAUUGAGAAGUAGAGGGAGUGAGUGUGUUGCAUGUUAUAGAGGUUGAGGUGUGAGCUCUGACAGGAGAAGGGUUAGCAGGCUCAGAAGCAGACUGAGUGGUGACUGACUGAUUCACUCUGUCAUUUUCCGCUUAUUCAGAGCGUCUUACGGUAUAGUGAGUGCAUACAUUUUCAUACUGUCUGCUGUAUGUUGCAAUUCUCUGUUUGGAGGGAAUGGGACUGACUACCACUACAGCCGAGUGAGGACUCUUCCAGACACACUGUCCAGAGGAGCAUGAUGACUACUUUCCCCAAUGAGACAGAGGAGACAGGCUUCUCCUCCCUCUCUCCUUCAUACCCCCCCUCCCUCACACCGUCCAUCUCCCUCACCUCCAACCCUUCCUCUUCCUUCGCCUUCUCCCUCUCCACUUCCUCCUCCUCUCUGUCCAACUGCUCCAGCUCUCCAUCGCCCUCCUCCCCUCCCUAUAACUUCUACGCUGUGCUGCUGGUGCUGCUUAUCUUCUGCGUGGUGUUUGGAAACAUGCUAGUUUGUGUGGCGGUGUCGCGAGAGCGCGCCCUCCAGACCACCACCAACUACCUCAUCGUCUCCCUGGCUGUGUCUGACCUGCUGUUGGCCACCCUGGUCAUGCCCUGGGGCGUCUACCUGGAGGUGGUAGGGGAGUGGCGCUUCAGUCUCAUCCACUGUGACAUCCUCCUGACCCUGGACGUCAUGAUGUGUACUGCCAGCAUCCUCAACCUCUGUGCCAUCAGCAUCGACAGGUACACGGCGGUGGCGAUGCCCAUGCUGUAUAACACCAGAUACAGCUCCAGGAGGAGGGUGGCUCUGAUGAUUGCUGUCGUGUGGUUCCUCUCCUUCGCCAUCUCCUGCCCUCUGCUGUUUGGACUCAACAACACAGCCAGUCGGGAGGAGACCAAGUGUGCCUUCGCUGAUCCGUCCUUCGUGGUCUACUCAUCCGUGGCCUCCUUCUACGUUCCGUUCAUCGUGACCCUGCUGGUGUACGCCCAAAUCUGUGUGGUGCUGCGGAGGCGGGGCCGACGCACCGUGCCCCGCAGACACGGCCUGCACCCACAGGGAGGAGGCAAGACGGGGGAGGGCCACAGGCACAGGAAGAAUAAGUGUACCCACCCUGAGGAUGUGAAGCUGUGCACUCUGAUCAUGAGGCCCCCCACCAGCGCCCCCCAACGCAAGAAAGUGACCUUAGUGAAGGAGGCAGUGGUGCACCCCCUGGAUGAGGAACCUGUGGGGCGUGGUUUCCUGUCCCAGUUAGACCAGAGCCUCCCCCCACCUCACCCCCCUCCCGCCUCCGGACGAGCCACCAAGGUCUCUCUUUCUAUCUCGGUGGCGCCCGCGCCCUUCCUGGCCCUGUCCCCUUCGGUGGCACCACGCUCUGCCCUCGUACCCCGCCGUGCCACCUUCGAGGACGGCGUGAGUGGCCGCGAGCGCUGGAGGGAGCGAAAUGCAGACAGGGAGAAGGGAGCGAUGGCGAAGGAGAGGGUGAAAGGGACUCUGUCGCAGCAGAAGGAGAGGAAGGCGACCCAGAUGCUGGCUAUCGUGCUAGGUGUGUUCAUCAUCUGCUGGCUACCCUUCUUCCUGACCCACGUGCUGAAGGCCCACUGUGCCAGCUGCUGUAUCUCCCCCUCCCUGUACAGUGCUGUCACCUGGCUGGGCUACCUCAACAGUGCCGUCAACCCCGUCAUCUACACCACCUUCAACAUCGAGUUCCGUAAGGCCUUCAUCAAGAUCCUAAACUGCUGAGUACAGGGAAGAAGAGGAGGGGGGAGAGUGGGAGGAAGGACAAGUGUGAAAAGUGUUUGAGUAGUGGAGAGAGGCAAAAAAAAAAAAGGUAAUAGACUAGAAAUGAAAUUAAAGAAGUGAAAGAGAGGGGUGAAAACAAAGACAAGAAGGGAAUGGAAGGAGAGAUAGAGGGGGAUGUAGAGAGAGGUGACAGAGAAGAUAAAAAAAUAUAUAUAAUUUAAGAGGUCAAACAGAAGAGCAAGUGAAUCAAAUUUACAGAAAUACCAAAUCAAAAACAGUCUUGGGAAUUAUAAAGAGAUGUACACUUCUGUAAAUAUAAAACAUAACCGGGUGGAGAGAGAUAUUCUGAAGGGGUAGGGCACAAACAGUGGCAGAAGACUGUCCCACUACGUACGAGGAUGACUAAGUAAAUGUAUUGCUCUCUGAUUCCGCUCUCACAUAUAAUGUCUGCAGACGUUGUCCUGUUUUUACUCUGAUACAGUUAUGUACAGUUUGUAAAUGACGUUAAUUAAAUUACAGAGGUAAUCUUUUAAGGAGAUACACAAUCAAUCUGCACCAUCAAGCGCAAUUUUUCUCCAAUAGCCGUCUUGUUGUGUCGUCCCAGUGUAAACAAGCCUAUAAGAGAUGUAUUAUAUUAAGAACAUGAUGAUGUUGGUGAAGAUAUGAUGCCAUGGUGAUAUGAUGAGCGACUAAUCAAGGUUUGUUCAUAAAGUAUAUGUAUAUAUUGUUUAGAGUUUGUUCAUGUGAGCUCUGCUGUAAAUAUCUGUAUUACUGUUAUUGUACAGAUACAUGUAAUAAAUUAUAUUCUACUCA